GCGAUGGGACUGGGAACGGAGAGAGAGAUAGAGAGAGAGAGAGAGAGAGAGAGAGAGAGAGAGAGAGAGAGAGAGAGAGAGAGGCAGGCAGAGAGGUGAGUGCUGCUGCAGAACAACGUUUAGCCUGGCUGAGGAGUUAAACGGCCGGCACAUCUGCUCCAUCCAGACAUUAAUCCUGUUGUGAUAGCCAUGUUCUUAAAGCAGCUGCGGCCUCUGGCCUUUGGGAAAAUGUCCUUUGUGGUUUUCAUCCUGACCUCUGCCCUCUCAGUGUUUUCCCUGCCUGCUGACAUAGACAAGGGAAGGAGAAAGGUGGUGCACGUGCUUGAGGAUGACACCGGAGCAGUGAUUGUGCAGACCGCUCCUGGUAAAGUGGUGACACAUCGGGGCGGCUCCAUCACUCUGCCGUGCAGAUUCCACCACGAGCCAGAGAACUCCGACCCUGCUCGCGUUCGGAUUAAAUGGACCAAAGUGACUGAUGCGCUGCAGUUUGAGGACGUCUUCGUGGCACUUGGAAGGGAGCAGCGUGUGUUUGGAUCGUACAGAGGCCGUGUGUUUUUGGAGCAGGCAGGGCCCGGUGACGCUUCAGUGAUCAUCCAAAAUGUCACAUUGGAGGACUACGGACGCUUCGAGUGUGAAGUCACUAACGACAUGGAAGACGACACAGGAUUUGUCAACCUCGACCUAGAAGGAGUGGUGUUUCCCUACUACCCCCGGGAGGGGCGCUAUAAGCUCAACUACCACCAGGGGGAGGAUGCCUGCAAACAGCAGGACGCCAUUCUGGCCUCUCACUCUCAACUGCACAAGGCCUGGCUGGAAGGACUCGACUGGUGUAAUGCAGGAUGGCUGGAGGACGGCUCAGUCCAGUACCCUAUCUCUCAUCCCAGAGACCAGUGCGGCCGCAAGGACACCCCCGCUGGCGUUCGUAACUAUGGCUACAGGCACAAGGAGGAUGAGCGCUAUGAUGCUUUCUGCUUCACUUCCAAGCUCAAUGGCAAAGUGUAUUUCCUGAAACGCUUUAAGAAGGUGAACUAUGUGGAGGCGAUGAAGGCGUGCAUUCGAGAUGCCUCAGCGGUGGCCAAAGUGGGUCAGCUGUUUGCUGCAUGGAAGUUCCAGCUUCUGGACCGCUGUGAAGCCGGCUGGCUGGAGGAUGGAAGCAUCCGUUACCCCAUAGUCAACCCUCGCUCUCGCUGUGGAGGAUCCCAGCCAGGCGUCCGACACCUGGGCUUCCCUGAUAAAAAAUUCCGCCUCUAUGGGGUCUACUGUUUCCGCAAGAACAAGGAUGAAACAGCAGAUGGUACUGAAACGACAAAAAGCCUCGCAAAUAGUUUGACAAAGAGGAAGAGCAGCAACGGCAGCGCCACAAAUGCUACGAGGGCAAUUUAAAGUGGAGAGACUGAGAGCAAGAGGGAGAUGCAAUUUUAGAUUUGACAGCAACAACUGUCGCCUAGCAGGAAACUCCAUUCAUCGCUUUUAAAGUAAAACACUCACAGGCAAGAUGUACUUAAUUGCGGAUUUGCCAGAGAAAAGAAGCGAGGCUGUGCAAAAUUUUAGGGUGACAUCUUUAUUAGGGUGAUUCUCCUCUCGUCUCCAGCCGGUCAAUCAUCCUAAAGAGUGAGUAUGUUAGCACGUCUGUUGCUGGAUGAAGGUGAGGUUCAACAACAGCUUGAUCAUCACUCAGACACACAUCCGAUCAGAGAGCCAUGAAUAUCUGUGUUUACAUGUCUGUGAGUGUUUGGACUGCUGAGAAUCCCAGCGCCAGGGUGAAAACAUUCAUUACGGGGUGAGACGGGAUCAUCUACGCGACUGUAUGGAAAAAGAAUCCUCUAAGUUUGGAUUGUGCCGAGUGUAAUUUCCUGUAUCUGAGUGCCAUGCUUGGUUAGCAACCCUCUGGCACAAUGUGAGUCAUUUUUCUCAUUAACAAAGACCUGGCAAUCUCAUCAUCAGAGCUGAACAAGUAGUAAAUAUUGCACUAGCUCUAAAAGAUUUGCACUUUAAAUAGCUUUAUUUUAUGAUAGCAUCUUAGCUCAGACUAAAGCGAGCAUGUAUUGCUUGGCUGAGAGUAGUUGCCGAGGCUGAAUAAGCAGAAAUACAAUGCUACAGUAAUUGCUAUUUACUUAACAUACUGCACUUCUGAGCUACCUGGGCCACAAAUUGCACUAUAAACAUUAAAUGCUGCAACCUUUAUUACAGAAUAUGUUUGUCACUACAAAUAGAUGAAUGUUCUGGGAAAUAAAUUGAAG